GGAAUUCUCUACUUUUUGUGAUUGUGAUCUGACAAUUUUUUCAAAUUCAGGAUUUUGCAUCAUUCAUGUCGUCAUAAAAUGCAAAUGGUAAUUGACGUAUCUUAUUUCGUCAAAUAUGAUGGCUAUUCAUGGAAGACCGUUCAAAUUCACUUGAGUGCACAAAUUGGUGAGUGCGAGUACAAGGAGGUGUCAGAAUCUGUUUUUUUGGAUAUAAAAGGACCUGCGAUUCGAGUUCUAGUUGUGAUUUCCUGGUUUUGUAGCCAUUGAAGUGAAGAGGAAUCGAAGAAGAAGAUAUGGAUAUGAAUGGAGGGAGGAAGAGGAAUAUGAAGGGUCACGUAGUGGUGAUAUCAUACCCAGCAACAGGCCACACAAAUCCCAUGCUACAGUUUUCAAAGAAUUUGGCUUCCAGAGGUGUGAUCGUUACCUUCGUCAAUUUUAACUUAAAUCAUCGCAAAGUAAUACAGGCCAGAGAAUCUCUGCAACGCCUGAAGCUGGAUAUACGUUUUGAAUGCAUUCCAGACGGUCUUCCUGAAGAUGAUUCCACUCUCGACUCAAACAUCAAUCCCGCAGUGUUUAAGCACAUGCAGGAUAAUAUGGACGGCUCGGGACUCGAACGCUUGAUCCAUCGACUCCACGCUAGCGGGGACACUCCUCCAGUCUGCUGCAUAAUCUACAAUUCAUUUCUUCCUUGGGUUCGAGAUGUUGCAAAUAAACUGAACAUUCCUCAGGCUUUGUUCUGGACGCAGUCUGCUGCUGUUUUCUCAAUUUAUCAGCACUUUCAAAACGGAGAGGGAUUGGAUUGUGGAAGAAUGCCUCAAAACGUCAUAAUCCCUGGCCUUCCUGAGCUGAAAUUGACGGAUUUACCUUCGGCGUUCAUGGAAACAACCGGAUCCAUCAACUAUUAUCUACGACAGUUGGAGGUUGUGAAAGAUGCCUCGUGGGUGAUUGCAAAUACUGUGUAUGAGCUAGAGCCCGAAACAAUCAAUUCCCUAAGAUCGACCUCCCUUCCCUUCCUCCCAAUCGGCCCUUCAAUACCCACGUCUUUUCUGCAGGAUCAAAAUGCAGAGGACACGCAGGUGGGGGCGAAUCCUUGGAAGGCGGCCGAUUGCAUGGAAUGGCUGAACAAGAAACCUCCGCUGUCCGUUGUAUACAUUUCAUUCGGCAGCAUCCUGGUCAUAAGCGAUGAACAAAUCCAAGAACUGGCUGUGGGCAUCCAACAAAGUGGGCAAAACUUCUUGUGGGUGAUUCGGGCACCUCCAGGACACGAUCACAUUGCGGAGGUUUUGCCUGCGGGAUUCAUGGAGGAAACUAAAGAAAGAGGUUUGGUGGUGGAUUGGUGUGCUCAAUUGGAGGUGCUCUCUCAUCCGUCUGUGGGUGUUUUUAUGAGCCACUGCGGUUGGAAUUCUACACUGGAUGCUCUGAGCUUGGGAGUUCCCAUGCUCACAUUGGGAGUUUGGACCGAUCAGCCCACUAAUUCUAAGUUUGUGACGGAUGUUUGGAAGACGGGGCUGAGAAUGAGGAGGCGAGAUGAUGGGAUUGUGGGUAGAGAUGAGACGGAGAGAUGUAUCAGAAUGGCUAUGGAAAGCGAAGAGGGAAAACAGCUAAGAAACAAUGGUUUGAAAUGGAGGGAAUUAUUGAAAUCUUCUGCUAGCGAAGGAGGUUCAUCUCACAGUAACUUGAACGCGUUUGCACAGGAGAUCAUUUCCAAAGCCAAAUAAUUGCCCACAGACUACAUAGAUGUGGGAAUGCAUAAUUCUUCUUCUUUGAUAAAUCGUAGGCAUCGGAUGUUUAUGUAGGACCCGUCCUUAAUGUGUAGAGAGCUGGCAUGAUAUGGAAAGCUCACCCGAAUAAGAUCAUUUUUUUAUCCAGGAUAAAAAUGCACCGUUGAAUUAAUUUUAUUUAUUUUCUCAGGUAAUGACAUAGCUCCAUUGUAUAUAAAAAACUUUCCUCACUCUACAAGCGUUGGACUGUGGUGUGGAAUAUCUUUGCUCUUUCUUAUGUUGGCCCCACUUAUGGGUCCUUAUGACUCUUCCAUAAAUGUAGAGGACUGGCAUGAAAUGGAAAGCUCACCCGCAAAAUAAUGAUAAAGUUUCUUGACGGUAUUGACACAUUCUUAUAAAGUGCGGGUGGGUCGUCAAACUCCGCGUACCAUAAAAUUAUUUCAUUCAAUAAAAUCCAAUA